AGUGCAGCUCCACCGGCUCGUGCCCCAGGUGGCCCACUCCAAUCAGCUGGCCCACCUGUCUUUAAAUGGAGCCGGCGUCAGAGUAUGGCUGCGUUCAAAGCUCCGGUUUUCCACCGUCACCCGUGGGUAAGUAGCUGCAGCGGCCAGGCAGGGGAGCUCGGUACACGGCUGUGGUCAUGGCCAGGACUGGGUUCUGCGACUCCAAGCCUCUGCUGGACUUACACAACAAGGUGGAUGAGAGGCGAGCCCCCUUAAAAUCUUGGGCUAAUGCCUGUGGACCUAAAGAGUGCUGGCAGAGUGUAGUAGAUGAGUCCAGGAUGGCCCUCAUCAAAAUGGAACCAGAGCGCAGAUGGGACAGGAGGAUGUUCACACAGACAAGUGAAAGUAUCUUCAUGGAGUUCCAUGAAGACAGUCUGACAUGCUCAUCUGAAAGUCUAAUUAAUAUUAGAGAUGGGUGCAUGGAGGAGUCUGUGUUUCUUUACCCUCAUGGGCUGCAGGGGCUUCACAGCCUUCAGGCACUGGUGCCCAGUCUGCUGCGACGAGAAGUGGAGAUGGCCUUGGAGAAACUGGACCUCAUAUUCGACCAUACGUACGCCUGGGAACUGUUCUUGGAUAUGAUGGAAAGUCAAAAACAUCACACUCUCUCCAAUGCUGACUUGCCCCAGCACUUUACUGAUGCCACUCGUGCGAUCCUGGUAGACUGGCUCAUUCAAGUUCAUGAAAUGAUGCAUUUCCAGGAUGAGACCCUAUAUCUGGCUAUACACCUGCUCAACCGCUCCCUGCGCCAGGUUAAGGUGACCACAGCCAACCUGCAGCUCCUUGGCAUAGUUUGCCUUUUCAUUGCUGCAAAAAAGGAAGAGUGUCUUCUCCCUGAGGUCUCUGAGCUCUGCUCCUUGAUGGACCAUACGUACACUAAACAUCAGCUGCUUCGGAUGGAGCGCAAAGUUUUGUCUGUGCUAAAGUUUGAUCUGUCUUACUGUCCCCCGUUGCAUUUCCUCCUCCUCUUUGCUUCGAUCGCUCGCUGCAGUGAUAAGGUGGUGUGGAUGGGUCGUUAUCUGCUGGAGCUGUCUCUCUUUGAGGGUCAGUGUGUGGUUUUCCUGCCUUCACAGCUGGCAGGAGCAGCUCUCUGCCUGGCUCGCCAAGUCCUCCAGGAACCCCCAACCCCAGAGGGAGAGGCUGCUUGGUGUUUAGCUUUCAGCAUCCAUAUUGGCAGUGAGAUGGUCUUGCUGAGUAUCAUGCGCAUUCUGGCCAGUGCAGCAGCAAAGGCCCAAACCCAGGAUACUUGUGCUACUUUUAUUAAAUUCUCCUCCCCUGAGACAAUGCACGUCAGCAGACAUCCCGCUCUCAACAUCGCCACUGGUGUGCUGGAUGUAUGGAGCUGAUACAAGGCCACAGAAUGAAAACCAACAAAGCCUCAGGAUACUGAUUCAACUCUGUAUCAUUUAAGGACUUGAUUUCUAUGUAGUCUAGUGCUAUAUACUGACUACAGAUCCAGGUAGUUACAAUGGAAGUGGGAGGCAGAAAUAUGAAAGAUUUGAUGCAAAACAUUGAUCAUUGAAGAAAUGCAUGUAAACUACAAGUGGCUUAGCCUGCUUAAUGGCACCCCAAUUUAAGGCUCUUAUCUUGCAGCUGAUAUAGAGAUUACAAUUGUACCAAUGUGUCCUUGUUAUGUUCAGAGGAUGUGGGCUGUUUAUAAAAUUAUGUGAGAUGUUUUAAUGUU